AUUAUAAUCACUGAUAGUCUGGUAACAUUUAGUUCCGUUGUCAAUUAUCUAUACUGUAACUUUGUCUAUGGAAUAUUGAAGCGGAAAAAUGGCUGCAGCGAAUAUUGUUCGAAGUGCUUUUAAUGGAUUAUUAAGAAAAUCCACAACGUACAAAGCUCCUGUAGUAUGUAGAUUAUCCACCGUAGUGUUGCAACAAAAAUAUCAUACAGUUAAAGCGAUCACAAGGGCAUAUAAUAUUCAGCAGAUACAGAAUGGGGUUGAAUGUCAGCGUAAACGAGAAUACGCCACCGGGCCUGUGCAUAAGAUAACGCAGAAGGAGAUCGAAGAGAGAGUGAUGAAAGUGUGCAAGGCUUACGACAAACUGGUUUCAGCUCAGAAUCGGAAAAUCAUGGUACGCAACUACAGCGCCGGGCCUCCGCUUUCACUUGAACUUAUUAGAGAUAGGGUGAUCUUAGUCCUUCAGUUAUAUGACAAAAUUAACCCUGAAAAGUUGUCUCUGGAAUCCCACUUUGUAAAUGAUUUGGGUCUCGACUCCUUAGAUCAUGUUGAAAUUAUCAUGGCGAUGGAGGAUGAAUUUGGUUUCGAAAUACCCGAUGCGGAUGCAGAGAGGCUUCUUAAACCUAAAGAUAUAGUUCAAUAUAUUGCGGACAAAGAAGACAUUUAUGAAUAAAAUUACUUAAAGUCUCAGUGAUCUUAGACCAAAUAAUCUAUAUAAUAACAUAGUUCAAAAAACAUUGUUGUUUUUAUUUUCUAUCAACUUGGUCUAAGGUAUUUGCGAUUAAACUUAGCACAUAGGAGAGUUUUAAUUUACAUUUUCAUUUGAUUAUGGAUAAUGUGAAUAAAACAAUUAAACAUCUAAUGGAGAUGUAUAAAGUGUAAAUUGAUUUUAUUAUAUUGCUGUUAGAAUAGAU